AUGUCUCAGCGUACAUUUUCGCUUGCUGCGCUCACGGUCUCAUUAACCCUUAGCGGUGCAUACGAGCCAGAUGGCACACGGUUAAAUGUUAACGAAAAAGUGGAACCACGCAUUAUUAACGGUCAAGUGGUGACCAUCGAGCAAUAUCCCUAUCUAGUCGCAGUGCAAAUAUGGGGAAGCUUUCAGUGUGGCGGCAGUAUUAUAAGCCGGAGAGUUGUCCUGACCGCAGCGCAUUGCCUGGAACGCGAAAAACAACCACGCAAAUAUAGCAUAAUAUAUGGUGAAACUGAUAUACAGGGUGCAACGAGUAAUGUUAUACAAGUGGAAAGCUUUAAGAUGCAUCCGGAUUAUAGUAAUAUCAAUAUGGAUUACGAUGUUGGUUUACUUUUCCUUGUCGAAAGCAUACCGUUCGGCGAAAGUUCGCAAUGUAUCAAAUUGGCUGUAAAUAGGCCGAGGCUCGGUAGUCGGGCCAGUAUUGUGGGUUGGGGCGAAACGCAGGCGGGAGUUCGUGGUCGUUUGCAUGCGGCCUAUGUGUAUACUAUAACGCGACUGCGUUGCUUGCUGUUGUACAAAAACAAGUGGAGAAUAACACCACGUAUGCUGUGCGCUGGCGUGCCACAGGGUGGUAAGGACGCAUGCCAAGGCGACUCUGGUGGGCCGUUGGUGGUCGGAGGCGAACAAGUGGGUAUAUGCUCGAAUGGUUUUGGGUGUGGCCUUCGGAAGUACCCUGGCGUCUAUAGUAAUAUUGCUGUUUUACGCAACUGGAUCCAAAGCCAUGUGAAUACAAGUUGCCGCGAUACGAAGGCGGUUUCGGCUUCCAAAGGGGGAACGAAACCUACACUAUUUGGAAGUAGGAACAGAAGAGAAAGCUGAAACUUUUGAAAUUAAAAGCAUAUAAUAUUACCAAGGUAUCUUUAUUUUUCUUUAUGUGUGAAGAUUACUAUGUACGUUAACAGCGCUGAUCACGUGUAAAUAUCGAUAUUUAGCGUGUAUCGAACUAAAUAUAUUAAUAUCGAUUUUUUUAUCGAAAGUAA